AUGGUGUUAACUGUGAGAUUCAUUAUUGUGUGCAGUUAUCUUGUACUAUCGAGACAUGGAGAUGCGGCAUCGGCACACAUAGACUCUGCUGAGUAUUCGGAUUCGACAGAGAUAUCAGUAUCGUCCUCUUCGGGAUCAUCCUCGGCAUCAACAGAACUACACGAAGGGUCUGGGGAUGAUCCUCCUGAUCCCCCAUCUUCUAGUACGAAGAAUGAAACUCGGGAGGCUUUAAAGAGUGAUGGCAGUGAACAAGACCCGGUUGUGUUCUUAGCAGACAAGAACAGCUACAUUCCCGUGAGUAUAAAACCUCGUUCGCCGCAGAUAGACUCAGCGUGGCGCGAGCCGCCUGCAUGGGAGCGCGAGUACAGAAAACAUCGGACUAAUGGCAGUAGAGUUCAAUACAUUGAGGCGGAGUGUCAAGACGACUUUAUGAAGAUUAGGGUCGGUUUCAAUGGGACUUUCGCAGGAUUAGUCUAUUCGGCAGGCUAUUCAUAUGACCCGGAUUGUAUGUACAUUAACGGGACUGGUCGAGAUUACUACGAGUUCUACAUACAGUUGAACAGAUGCGGAACAUUGGGACGGAACGGACAACACGACGACAGCAGGAAGCAUCCCACUAAGAACCUUAUGUGGAACACGAUAACGGUUCAGUACAACCCACUGAUUGAAGAGGAGUUGGAUGAACACUUCAAGGUCACUUGCGAGUACGGGUACGACUUCUGGAAGACCGUCACGUUUCCCUUCUUAGAUGUCGAAGUAGCGACAGGGAAUCCAGUAGUGUUUACUUUACAACCGCCUGAGUGUUACAUGGAGAUUCGGUCAGGAUAUGGGGCAAGUGGAGCGAGAGUGUCCGGCCCGGUGCGGGUGGGAGACCCGCUCACGUUGCUUAUCUAUAUGAGAAGUGCUUAUGAUGGUUUCGACAUUGUGGUAAACGACUGUUUUGCUCACAACGGUGCUACUAAACGGAUACAACUUAUUGACGAAUAUGGUUGUCCUGUAGACGACAAACUCAUAUCUCGGUUCCGGGGUUCGUGGUCGGAAUCAGGAGUGUUCGAGACACAAGUGUAUGCCUACAUGAAAACAUUCCGCUUUACUGGUUCACCAGCUUUAUACAUCGAGUGUGACGUCAGAAUGUGUCAUGGAAGAUGCCCUUCACAACCGUGCCACUGGCGUAACAUGAAGAACGUUAAGCGUCGUUCCAUCGAAACUACACCCGGAGAAGAAACCUCGAGCCCCGCACCUCGCCUGUCUGAGAAUAUAUCGCUGUUCCAGUCGCUCAGAGUACUGCAGGAGGGAGAAGAGGAUCCCGAACUGGCUGCCAGCACAGGGCCUCCCGAAGGCCAAACCUGUAUGAAAACAUCAGCACUUUCUGCCAUGAUGGCAUCCUGUGGGGUGUUGAUCGCAGCGCUGUGCGCGGGCGUGCUCGCCGCUGCUCGGGGCUGCCGACGUGAGGAGCGAACACCGCUUCACGCCUACGUGCCUCAUAAGGGACGGAUCAAAUAA